AUGGCGGGACUACUAGCAUGGGCGGCGGACGUGGUGGGAGGCAAUGGCGGAGAGAGGACCGAUGAAGAAAAUGACCCGGAUUCCAUUCCGCUGAUCCUCACCUCCGAACAACAGACAUACGUUCAAGAACUGGAUCGGAAGGCUACUUCCUUAAACCGUUCGAUCCAAGAUCUACGGCAGAGAUUGCCCCCUCCAGACAUCUCACAACGCCUGCCCCACCUCCACGCGCAUUCUCUGGCCUCCAAUGCCGCCCUCGCUCUACAACUUAAUGCCCACUCCACCACUAAACAACAGAAAUCUGUAUCUUUAGUAAACAGAACCGCCACACCUGCUGAUGAGCAUGCAGCUGCAAGGGAUAGUGUCGCUAUCACCUGCAAUCACGAGUCAGAUUUUUACAAACCAAUCGGCCGAGUUCAAGACAAGAAUUAA